UUUUUUUUAAUUCUCCAGCAUAAAAACUUCUGCGUUUUUUUGGCGGUAUACAGAUCAGUCCCUUCGUAAUUUUCAAAUUCAGCAUAGAAGAAAUGAUUUUAUUUCUUAGAUUUUACCGUAAAUUGACUGUCUACAGUUCAUCAUUUACUUUUCCCCUCUCUCUCUCUCUCUCUAGUUUCUCUCUCAUCAAUUCCUAUCUGUAAUUCUUUUCCUUUUUCGCCUUAGGCAUUUAAUACCAUUUCCGCGCUUGUUCCUUAUUCAACCCCGACUCCAUUUUCAGAAAAAAAAGAAGAUUUCCUGUAGCUUUUUUUGGUGGUGAAGAGAAAUGGGAUUUUUUAGCAGUUUAUUGGGAAUUCUUGGUUUUGGAAUUGGGUUUCCCUUUGGUCUUUUUGUUGGGUUUUACUUAUUUAUUUAUUCUCAAUUCGAAGAUGUUGAGGAUUUGAUAGUGAAGCCACUAACCGAGCUCGAUACAGUUGCGUUGGAGGAUCUUAUGCCUGAUAUUCCCCUUUGGGUGAAAAGUCCCGAUUAUGAUCGAGUAGAGUGGUUAAACAAAUUCAUUUCCGAUAUGUGGCCUUUUCUUGACAAGGCAAUUUGUAACAUUAUUAGAAGCACGGCCGAACCGAUAUUUGCAGAGUAUAUCGGUAAAUUCAAAAUAGAAUCGAUUAAGUUCAAGAAUCUAAGCCUCGGAAAUACUCCACCAACAAUUCAUGGUCUUAAAGUGUGUGAGACAAACGAGAGGGAACUUGUAAUGGAACCAGCAGUAAGAUGGGCUGGAAAUCCGAACAUAAUUAUUUCAGUAAUUAUUUCGUCUGUAGAAGUAACAAUCCAGUUGGUCGAUUUGCAAGUAUUUGCUGUACCUCGAGUGACUUUGAAGCCACUAGUGCCGACUAUUCCCUGUUUUGCAAGCAUAGUCGUCUCUUUGAUGGAGAAGCCGCAUAUCGACUUUGGACUGAACCUGUUGGGUGCUGACAUCAUGUCGGUGCCUGGACUUUAUCGAUAUGUUCAGGAGAGGAUUAAAAAGGAAGUUGCAAGUCUUUACCUUUGGCCUAAGUCUCUUGAAAUACCCAUCCUCGAUGCUUCGACGGUGGCAAUAAAGAAGCCGGUGGGAAUUCUUCACGUAAAAGUGGUGCGUGCAACAAAGCUUUUGAAGAUGGAUUUACUCGGCUUAUCGGAUCCCUAUGUUAAGCUCAGCCUCACUGGAGAAAAACUCCCGUCGAAGAAAACUACAAUUAAAAAAAAGACAUUAAAUCCAGAGUGGAACGAGGACUUCAAACUUUCGGUGAAGGACCCGCAAUCUCAAAUGCUUCUUAUAAAUGUCUACGAUUGGGAUAAGGUGGGCUCACACGAUCGAUUGGGAGCCCAAAUUUUUCCGUUGAAAAUGCUAAAACCUAACGAAGCAAAAGAAGUGACACUCGAUUUGUUAAAAGACACGAGUGUUAGUGAUCCUUCGAACAAGAAGCCACGUGGGCAAAUCUUGCUCGAGUUAACAUACGCUCCAUUUAGAGAAGACAAUAACGCUAGUUUUAGUGACCGUUUGGACGGCUACACUCGGAAAGACAGUGUUCUAGAAAGAGCAUCUAGCAAUAUUCUAAGCCCAACGGGGGCGGGCCUACUUCUAGUCACCGUUCAAGGGGCCCACGAUGUGGAGGGCUCCCGUCAUAAUAAUCCUUACGUGUUGGUUAUUUUUAGAGGCGAAACCAAGAAAUCAAAGAUGGUGAGAAAAACGCGGGACCCAUUGUGGAACGAGGAGUUCCAAUUCUUGCUCGAAGAGCCUCCGUUGCAAGAGAAGAUCCACAUUAAGGUCAUGAGUAAGCGGACGAGCAUUAGCUUCCAUUCGAAGGAAUCCUUAGGGCAUGUGGAUAUUAACCUAGCCGAUGUUGUGCAUAAUGGCCGUAUAAAUCAGAAAUACCAUUUGAUAGAUUCGAAGAAUGGAGUUAUACACGUCGAGCUACGGUGGAAAACUAUAUGAUAAAGCUUGCGAAAAAAACGACUAUUAGAUUAUAAAUCGCAACAAAUUGCAAUCAACCAGGU